UUAACAACAAUUCAUUCACAAAAAAUAAGACACACAGACACGAAUGUCAUAGCUCGCAAAAUCUGUCAGGCUAGUAUCAAAUAUUUAGCCAACCAAACAAAUUCUCGUAACCUUGUUUUGUUGUAUUCCUAUUAAAAAUUUUCAAUUCUAUUUUUUCGGCAAACACGUUGAAUUUCGCCAAAUUGCGGUGCAAUCGGUUUAUCAUUUAAGAAAGACACAAUUAUAGUUAUGAAUAGGAACAAACAACAGUCACAGCAGAACGCAAACCGCAUCAGAUCGCUGGGUCUUUUGGACAAAACUAUGCCACUCACUGCCGCAACACCGCCACAGCUGCGCAAUCGUCGCCAAUUUCAGUUCAACGGCAUGAAUUUUGAGACGAAUCCGUUGUCCCUACAGAGGUCGCGUGGUGGCUUGGACGGAGAUGCCGGCGAUGGCCGGUUCCCAGCGGCAGAAGAAUGGCGGGAUCCUUCACCUUACCAUACUACGUACAAGACACCGAUGCCAACGAUUAAUCGCCCGUAUCCACAGCACAGCUGUCAAAGCGAUAUGUCAAUGAACAAUGAAGUUAACAGCCCAAGGAUGGUCAACCAUUCGCAAGUGGUGCAUCAGCCGGACGGACGCACAGCUUGGCAGGCUGACAAUUACAAUGGCAAUAGCCAGGCCGGUGGCGAGGAUACCUAUAGCAAUAGCUACAACUGUAACUAUAGCAUCAACAACGCCAAUAAUAGCGCCCGCAACAACACUAACAGCAGCAAUAACAACAGCAGCAACAACGCUAGCCUCAGUAGUAACAAAAUCAGCCCCAGCAGCAUCAACGCCGAUCGGUUUCAACAAGUGUUGGCUAAGUAUAGCAAGCAACCUGUCAGCGAUGAUUAUAGCGUUAACAGCAACAUCAAUAACAACAACGCAACCACAACCACAACCACAACCAAUGGCAGUUAUGGCAGUAGCAUUAAUUCCAUCGGCAACAUGAAUAUGAAAAGGAACUACAACAAUAGGUCAACAGGCAACUCUAUUAGUAACAGUGACAGGAAGAACAACAUCCCCGACGAGCUGAAUAACGAUCAGAGUACAAGGGAACAGCCCGUAUUCUCCCCAAGGAUGUACAAUCGGUCUAAUCUGAAAUUAAGUGGCUUUCGUUAUGGACAGAUGAGAGCGGGUGGCGGUUGCAGUUCAGCUGCCAUCAAUCGCUCCAAGAUGGACUACAUUACUUUGGCAGGCUUUCUGCUUGGCUAUCUUACAUCGAAUAUGUUGUUCUUCCUGUGCUGGUACUUCACCUGGUUAAAGGGCCAGGUGGUGAAGCUGCGCAAUCAUUUUCUUGGCCAAGCGAAUCUCUGGGAGUUCUUCGACUUUGAGGACACCACACGCUACUCAAUGCAGACAAAAUUGCUUCUGGCUCCAAUAAUACUUGGUUGCAGUAUCCUCUACUGUGUCGUCAAUGUACUCCAUUUGCUGAUCAAGCUGGUGCGGGCCGACGUUCCACGUACCGUAGUCGAUUUCGUGCAGCGCAUCGUCCGAAACCAUUGGCCCUAGCUAUUGCUCAACGUGAUGAAGUGCGAUCCGUGAGCCUCAAUUGCAACUUCCAAAAUAAUCAGUGGUCACCUAUACGCAUACGCACCCAUUCAAUCUUGGCUAGCUAACUGAUAUAACACAUGUAUAUACACAAGAAACGCAGUGGGACAAUAUGGUGUCGAAUUGUACUUAAU